AUGUACAAGACUCAUAACUUGGUCUCCUCAGCUCCAACAAACGGCGCUGUCGAUAGUUCAUUCAACAAUGACGAUGCCUAUCACGUUGUCAUUGGUGCGGGAGUUGUCGGCUUAACCAUGGCCAUCGAAAUUCAAGAAAGGAUUCCAAGCGCUGAAGUUUAUAUAUAUCGUCACAGAGGUUCUACCUGGGGAUCCAAAGUCAAUUACAAGUUUAGGGUGCCCACCAUGUUUCUCAAGCCGAAAAUGAGGGCCAGCUUAGGUUGGACAAUAAGACAUUCCGAAGGAGUCGGAGGGCAGGCAUCCGGUGGUGUCCUUAUAAUCUCGAUCUCUCACGAUCUGAGUACCCGCUCCAUCUCGAAAAUGCCAGCAGAACCAGGAUCUUUGCAACAGGUUGAGAGUCUCAUGGAACUCGACUCCAUCCAGAAUAUCAAGGGUCUCCAAUUCAACCUGAUGCUGCCCAAAAAGUGGAUUCAGAUGAGUCCCGAUGAGAAGAUGGUGCAGUGCUCUCAGAUCCGCAAGCAAGCGCUGAUCGGAGUGGGAGAACUCCAGGUUUACGAUGGUGAUGGAUUGAGACUUCAACUUGGGGGCCGAAAUGCCAGGCUGAUCCAGGACACCCCAGCCAAGCAGAUCACUGAGGAUGUUUACUGCUACUCAGGCCCUCGGCGCCUGACUACAGACAUGGCACUGAAUCUGGUUGUUAGGACUUCUUGGAUUGAUAAGGGAGAAUGGCCACUAGGGAUUGACACUAGCAACUACAAAUCCCUUCCCCUAAUCACUUUCACUGAGCUUGGUCGCAGAGCGGUAAAUGCCAACCAGGCCUGCAAUAUGCAUACAAGCAUGCAGUGGACGAGGUGA